UUUUGAACGAAGCGGCAAAGUCGAGGAACAGCUGACGCUCUGGCAUCGAUCCGAGGAGGUGACCAUAGAAACGAGUCGAAUUGUAGGGGCAAACAGAGAGCGAGGUUCGCUCGUCGGGAGCUAAUGAUUGUCUCGCGAUUGGAGUUCCAUCGCAAAACAAUGACCGCACGGCUGGGCAGGGUUGCUUUUCACGAGUUCCGUAUCGUCGGAUAGUUCGGGCCCAAGAAUGAGGCCAGCGGAGCACUCCGGAGCGGAGGAGGUCUCGUUAGUUACCUCGGGAUCGAAAAUCGAGUGAGUUUUUUCGAGUUUUCACGGGGAUGGAGAGCAGCGAGGACGAAGAGACACAAAAUAUCUCGGCUUUUAGUAAAUUCGACGAGAGCAUCGAGGUCAAGAAUGCUGAAGAUAUCAAAAGCCCCGUCAACAGUAGACCGAGCACGAUGCAAAAAAGAGCCGGCAAACACUCGACCGUCGACAGCAACGACAACCUCCGAAUCAACUCGCCACGUGGCAAACGAGAAUUUGACAGAUAUUCCGGGAACGAUCACUCCUUCGAUAAAGUCAUGGCUAUCGGCAGCGAUCCCAGCGACAGCGAGGAAACCGAUGACGAUGACAUACAAGCCACAAACCCCAAAACCAGCAUCGAACUUUAUGAUCACACGAAAUUCGACGAUUUGGACGUUUCCGUCGAAGUUAAAGAACUUUUUCAAAAUAUCACCAGAUAUACUCCGCAAAAGAUCGAACCAACGUACAAGCUGAUACCGUUUAUACCGGAUUUUAUACCGGCGGUCGGAGACAUUGAUGCAUUCAUAAAGGUGCCACGUCCAGAUGGGGUGGCCGAUAAGGUCGGGCUCGCCGUGCUGGACGAGCCAUGCGCGAAUCAAUCGGACCCCGCGGUGCUGCACCUGCAGUUGAGAAGUCAGAGCAAGAGCGCGGAUCCGCGAAAGCAAACGUUGAUAAAGCGAGUGGAAAAUGCGGAAAAGCAUCCGAAGGCGCUCGACAAGUGGAUCGAAGACAUGGGCCAGUUGCACAGGAGCAAAAAUUUGCCGACGGUUAAUUUGACCAAACCGAUGCCCGAUAUCGAUGGGUUGAUGCAGGAAUGGCCGCCGGAAAUAGAGGAAAAACUGACCGAAACGCGACUCGAUUUAGCCAAACUCGACUGCAGCUUGGCCGAGCUCGUUGACAUCGUUUGUAACCUCUUUGACAUUCCGGUUCACGGAGAUUCUCGGAUCGAAUCGCUCCACACACUUUUCACACUUUUUCUCGAAGUUCGCGAAAUGAAAGGUCGGAAAUAUUGAUAUUAUUUUUACGCCGUUUUCCUUCGAAACUCACUCGUGCAAUUUCAGCUUUUUCAACGCGACCAAAUACUCGUCCCAAUUGUCAUCCAAAUCGUCCAUUUCCCACUGUUUCAACAUUUUUCUUUCCGAAUAACGAACUUGUCGCUUAUUCGUCGAAUUUUCGUACUCUUUCACUGCAAGUUUUUGUAAAUAUAAGAAUAUCUAUUGAGCAAUUGUAAUUAUCAAUAAAUACAGAUGUUAUUUAA